AUGUCUUUCCUUCAUAAUCAUUCUUGCGAGUGCGUUAAGUCAGAAUUGGAUUUGUUUGCACUACCGUCUACACAAACUAGCAUUGAAAAUGGAUUGUGGAUUCAUUAUAAACCAAUUUCAUCUCUUGGUGAUGAUGGACCUAUCGAGUUUCAAGUUCCUGGGACCGGCGAUGACUACAUAGAUUUGUCUCAUACAUUACUCCACAUAAAGGCAAAAGUAUUAAAUCAAGAUUCAACUAACUUGGUAUCUACUACAAUAGUAGCACCUGUAAAUAAUUGGCUGCAUUCACUUUUUAGUCAACUUGAUGUUUAUUUAAACCAAAAACUUGUAUCACCACCUAAUAAUACCUAUGCAUAUCGAGCAUACAUGGAAACCCUUUUAAACUAUGCCCCUGCUGCUAAACAAUCUCAUCUUACUUGUAGUCUUUGGUAUGAGGAUACAGCAGGAAAAAUGGAUUCUACAGAUGGUAAAAACAUAGGAUUUGUUAAAAGACAGGAAUUGAUUAGUGAAAGUAAGGAAAUAGAAAUGAUUGGUCAUCUUCACGGUGACAUUUUUAACCAAGAUAAAUUUUUAAUUAAUGGUGUUGAAAUGAGUGUUAAAUUGGUUCGAUCAAGAGAGAGUUUUAAUUUAAUUGUUGGGUCAAACGAUGUAAAGUUUAAAGUUUGCAUUACGGACGCAACUCUUAUUGUUCGACGAGCACGAAUUAAUCCAAGUGUAUUACUCGCACAUCAAAAAGUUUUAGCUUCUACCACUGCUAAAUAUCCUAUUACUCGAGCUGAAGUAAAAGUUUUAACAAUUCCUUCGGGUGUUCAAGGAAAAACUCUUGAUAAUAUAUUUUUAGGACAGGUACCGAAAAGAUGUAUAAUUGGAUUUGUGAACAAUUCUGCAUUUAAUGGUUCCCUUACUAAAAAUCCAUUUAACUUUGAAAACUAUGGUAUUAAUUCUUUCAGCUUAUAUAUUGAUGGUCAACAAAUACCUUCAAAAGCUUUGCAACCAUCUUUUAAUAAUAGCAUAUUUACAUCAGCAUAUCAUACUCUAUUCUCGGGAACUGGUAUUCACUUUCUUAAUGAAGGAAAUGGAAUCUCUUGUGAACAGUAUGGCAAAGGUUACUGUCUAUUAGCAUUUGACUUAACUCCUGAUUUAUCAGCUAACUCAUCAACUCAUUGGAAUCUCAUAAAGCAUGGUAGUGUAAGAAUAGAAGUACGAUUUGAAUCCUCAUUAAUACAAACAAUUAACUGUAUAGUUUAUGCUGAGUUUGAUAAUAUUAUUGAGAUAGAUAAAAACAGAAAUGUUACUGUAGACUAUAGUAUAGUAGUUAAGGUUAUAAUAUGUGUUGUGUGUUAG